UGUAGAAAAAAAGGAAACCGGUGCAAAGAGAGCGCAAGGGAGAGAUAGGGAGACAACACUAACUGGGUAGCUAUGGAGAUAGUAGGUUUUCCUGGUAGCUUUCUUUGACAGGUGUCGAGUGGGAUAAAAUAAAGUAUCAGAACAUCCUCCAAGAUGUACGGCAAGGGUAAAGGAGCUGUGGUCCCCUCCGAUAGCCAAGCAAGAGAAAAGUUAGCAUUAUAUGUGUACGAAUACCUGCUACAUGUGGGAGCACAGAAGUCCGCACAGACCUUCCUGUCUGAGAUUCGAUGGGAGAAGAAUAUUACAUUAGGGGAGCCUCCCGGAUUCCUCCAUUCGUGGUGGUGUGUAUUCUGGGAUUUGUAUUGUGCAGCUCCAGACCGGAGGGAGACCUGCGAGCACUCCAGUGAGGCAAAGGCCUUCCAUGACUAUAGCGCAGCGGCAGCGCCCAGCCCCGUGAUGGGCAACAUGCCCCCGAACGACGCCAUGCCAGGUGGUCCCAUGCCCCCAGGCUUCUUCCAGGGACCACCUGGCUCUCAGCAGUCCCCCCACGCACAGCCCCCCCCACACAACCCCAGCAACCCCAUGAUGGGACCCCAUGGCCAGCCAUUCAUGUCACCACGGUAUCCAGGUGGACCGCGUCCCGCACUCCGAAUGCCAAAUCAGCCUCCGGGGGGAAUCCCUGGAUCUCAGCCUCUCCUGCCAAACAGUUUGGACCCGACAAGACCGCAAGGACAUCCUAACAUGGGUGGACCUAUGAGAAUGAACCCUCCUCGAGGAAUGGCCAUGGGCCCACAGAAUUAUGGAGGUAUGAGGCCUCCUCCCAACUCCAUGGGCGGUCCCAUGCCAGGAAUGAACAUGGGUCCUGGAGGAAGAGGGCCUUGGCCAGGACCUAAUGCCAACUCUAUAGCCUACUCCUCCUCAUCUCCAGGAAACUAUGUGGGUCCUCCGGGCGGAGGAGGUCCACCUGGAACUCCCAUCAUGCCCAGCCCAGGUGAUUCGACUAACUCCAGUGAAAACAUCUAUACAAUGAUGAAUCCCAUCGGACCGGGAGGCAACAGACCCAAUUUCCCUAUGGGACCUGGGCCUGACGGGCCAAUGGGAGCUAUGGGAGCCAUGGAGCCACACCACAUGAACGGAUCACUAGGGUCUGGGGAUAUGGACGGGUUGCCAAAGAGCUCCCCUAAUAACAUGGGGGGCAUGAACAACCCUCCCGGAACGCCGAGAGAUGACGGCGAAAUGGGCGGGAACUUCUUGAACCCAUUCCAAAACGAAAGUUAUUCACCCAACAUGACGAUGAGUGUGUGAUUUUAUUUUUUUUUCUCCUUUUUUUUUUUGUAUUUUCUUUAUUCCCCCCCCC